AGGGAAAAGCUCAGAUUGAAGGACCCUGAAGUGCUCUUCAAUUAGUUUGGUCUGGAAUCCUGGAAGUAUGCUUUUCCUUUGGGGAAAAACGGUGGGAAAAUGUCUAUCCCCAUGAACAGACAUCAUUCAGAGCUGUUCUCCCUCAGCCAAUAACCUCAUGUACGCAGAGUUAAGGGAAUAAGAAAAUAUUUGUCUUUUUUAAAAGACAAAUAGCAGUCUGUGAUUUAAUUUGCGGGAGAGGGGGAAAUAAAACUGUGCAACGUCUAUAACCAUACUGAAAGGGCACAUCUCCUGACCUCCCCUUCUUGUUACCUCCCACCACUACACUUGCUCACUGCUGGCUGCCAAUAAAAGCCUCCAAGAAAGAGAAACUUUAGUUUCAUCUUCCCCAGAGACUCUCUGUGCAGGGCCCCGGACGGCAAGGAAGAAGGCACUGGCAGAGGCUGCUCACGAGAAGAAGAGUGACUAGGAAUGGCUGUCCCAUCCGUUGUGACAAUCCAGCCACAGUACGGCAUGGCCGUGCCCGCUGCCUCGAGAAGCAUGUGGCAGACAGGGCUGAUGGACUGCUGCUCGGACUGCGGCGUGUUCUGCUGCGGGUUAUUCUGCUUUCCCUGCCUGGGGUGCCAAGUGGCUGGGGACAUGAAUGAGUGCUGCCUGUGUGGGACCAGCGUGGCCAUGAGGACCCUCUACCGCACCAGAUACAACAUCCCGGGGUCCAUUUGCUCUGACUUCUGUGUCACUAUGUGGUGCCUCACGUGCUCCGUUUGCCAAAUAAAGAGAGACAUCAACCGGAGGAAGGAGCUGGGCAUAUUCUGAUGCUGCCAUCCUCGCUGCGCCCUGCAGAGCUGCUGCGGGCAAGAGUCGCCACAGCCUUGGCUGUUGGGAAAUGCACCACGGAGGGGUUGCCUUGACUGUGAUUGAUUUCUGUUUCCCCAGGUAACAGCAGCAAUAAACAGCAGUUUGUCUUCCUGC